AUGAACCAGUUGGCGACGAAGUUGGGUCUAUCGUCCGAGCUCCAAUUCUACGACGUAUAUUCCCUGAAUGAACCCGAGCAACUUGCCCACAUUCCUCGACCUGCCUUUGCUCUGCUGGUCGUUAUUCCGCUUACACCAGCUUGGGAUGAAAGUCGCAAGGCCGAGGACGCUGACAAAGAACCCUAUACUGGUUCCGGGACUGAUGAACCGGUCAUCUGGUACAAGCAAACCAUUGGCCACGCCUGCGGAUUGAUCGGUCUGCUCCAUAGCUUGUUUAACGGUCCGGCCGUCGACUUAUCAAGCUUGACUCCUUUACUGGUCGUCCUGUACUGCUUAAGCACAAAAGCGUUCUCAUUCUUUCACCCGUCAGCCUUUUGCAUUGCUCAAAUAGCUGCAGAUACCCCAGUCAUCAUCUUCCGAAUCAGCAUUGUUGCCAUCGUCCUGUAUUUCAUGGUCGGCUUGACCAUUUCAGCGUCCGCCCUUUUCGCAUACGGGCUUAUUCUUUUUGCAGGAACCAUGUGCAUGACAGCCAUGUUCCGCGCGAUUGGUGCUGCUUUUGACUCUUUCGAUGCAGCUUCCCGGAAAUGCACCCAUGAUUCGUCUGGAUUUUCUGGAUUGAUCCACUAG